AAGGAAGCAAGCCGGUUACCAGCUCGCGGCAGCCGGUCGGACGUCAAUAAUUAACGCUAUAAAAAGUUUGCGCAACCAUCCGAAGGGUAUCAGUACCGAUUGGUUUGUUAGGCGUGAUUGAGGUGUUUCCGAAAAAAAAAUCAAACAGACGCGUUGUUGUUACAGUUGUGCGGUAAUCGCUUUUGUGAUCGGAUUAUCGGAUCGAGUGUCGAAAUCAACAUGCCGAAGUUGGCAGUUCUGCUGGGGAUGGCGUUUCUGCUGCUAGGAUCGGUUAGUGCCCAACAAAAGGAAAAUGUGUCAGAAGCAACAACCACAGCACAGGAAGAAACGACUACAGGAACUAACGAGUCGGAUGGAGCAAAUGUUUUAACGACAAUCGUAAGAAACUCCAGCCUGAUAGCUAGCAUUCGGAGAGAAAUCGAAAGAAGAUUGGCCGAUCGGUUGCGUGCCAUCGAAGAACGGCGUCAGAGCAUCCUGAGUACUUUGGGUAAUUUAAGUGAUCGAAGACGUGAAUAUGAACUCCUACGGCAGGAACGAAAACUUACCGCGGAACAAGAGCGGGCCAUGCGACGCAGUGAAAACGAGGCACGCCGUGUAGGUCGCAUACCGUCCAGGGAGCAAAAACGGAUCACUCAACUACGGCAGACGAGGGUGGAUCAGACGGUAGAAAACGACGCUGAUAACGAAGUUGACGGAGGUGGGGCGUCGUCGGUGGCUGAUGCGAUCCGCAACAUAGUCCUGGUCGAAGAAGCUAGCGGUAACGUGCGGCUCGUUGACCUUGGAACGGACGAAGGCCGCAAACUGGCUUCGCGGGUUUCAGUGCGUGAGGAUACGGCAGAGGAAAAGCAGGAAGUGCUAUCCAAGCUUCGACUGAAAUUGGGUCAGCUGUGAUGCGGGCCCGUGAUGAUGUGUAGAUUAGACUUAGAUAGGUAAAUUGUGCUUAUUUAUUGAAUUUGGCAUAAACGUUCACAACAAAACAAAACUCAUUAAAAACAGUCGUCAGUGUCCAUCUUAUUGUCGUGAAUACGACCUACUUUACUAUAGGGCGCCUUUUCAAAAUUUACCCUCUGAGAGAGUGUGAUCAGAAGAAACCCAUGACGCGUGUUUGCCUUUCUGCGUUAGAUAUCCAUAAUCUAACUACCAAUAAAUUCGAAAUUUUUCAUUUACGACAUGUAUUGCAAUAACAUUGAAGUGUUUCAACAGUACGCUAUAGAAACACAUGUCAUAUUUGACCCAUGUCAGCACCAACCAAUCAGGACGCAUUCUGAGGAAAAUAACAAAAUGACUGAUACACCCAAAACCUCUAUUUACGAACCCUAUGUAUGUAUGUAUGUAUGUAUGUAUGUAUGUAUGUAUGUAUGCUUACACACUCACUCGUUUGCGUAUCGCUUUUACUUCACCAAAUUUUAUAUGUAUUAAGAAAUACAAAUAUUUACACACAUGCGCACGUAUAUUAAUACAUAUAUACAUACAGUCUGAUACAUAAGUGUGAUUUUUUUAACACAGAGGGCAGUGGUGUCCUUGAUGCAAUGCGAGAAUAAAUCAGCUGACUAUUGUUUACAAUUCGAUUUCAGUAUUUUCCCAAAAUGAAUACCGCGAACACUACGUGCUUCGAAGCAAUUUAUUUGUGUUCGAACCCGACAGCCGCGGUGAAAUACAUAAAAAAAGUCGAAACAGUUUGUGAGCGAGUGGGUGAAUCGUUUAAAAGAGGCGAAAAAUGUCGACGACUUUCCCAAUCGCGGCCAGGGUUGCCACAUUUAAAUCUGCAUUUUUUCAGAAAAAAAAUCUGUAAAUCUGUAUCGGGAGCUCAAAAACC